AUGCAUCGGGAACCCUUACACAGGUAGAUACCACAACCCUGUGCAGAGUUCUUGCAUUCUCGUCAAGGUGACAGGAACGACAUAGGAAAUGGAGGCCACCCUGUGCCCAAAGCCCCAUUUCGUGGUCAUCCCAUGGCCAGCCACCAGCCACAUGAUCCCCAUCGUGGACAUCGGCUGCCUCCUCGCCGCGCACGGCGCCGCGGUCACGAUCAUCACCACGCCCUCCAGCUCGCAACUCGUCCAGAGCCGCGUGGACCGCGCCGGGCAAGGCUCAGCGGGGGUCACGGUCACCGCGAUCCCGUUCCCGGGCGCGGAGGCCGGCCUGCCGGACGGCUGCGAGAGGACGGACCACAUCCCCUCCCCUGACCUCGUGCCCAACUUCUUCGUCGCCACCGCGCGGUUCGGCGAGGCCGUGGCGCGGCACUGCCGCCGCCUGCCCACGGCCACGGCGGCGCACCCCCGGCCGAGCUGCGUCGUCGCCGGGAUGUGCCACACGUGGGCGCACGGCGUGGCGCGCGAGCUCGGCGCCCCCUGCUUCAUCUUCCACGGCUUCUGCGCGUUCGCUCUGCUGUGCUGCGAGUACCUCAACACGCACAGGCCGCACGAGGCGGUCGGGUCGCCGGACGAGCUCUUCGACCUCCCCGCCCUGCCGCCGUUCGAGUUCAGGUUCGCCAGGAGGCAGCUGCCGAUCCACUUCCAGCCGUCUUCCUCCAUCCCGGAGGACCGCCACCGGGAGCUCCGGGAGUUCGAGCUGGCCGUGGACGGCAUCGUCGUGAACAGCUUCGAGGAGCUGGAGCACGGCUCGGUUUCGCGCCUCGCGGCGGCCACGGGCAAGGCCGUGCUCUCCGUCGGCCCCGUCUCGCUGUGCGGCGCCGCCGCACCUCCUAGCCUCCUCGACUCGCGGGCCAACUCGGACGAUGCCAGGCUGUGCAUGGCGUGGCUGGACGCCAAGAGAGCCGACUCCGUUCUCUACGUCAGCUUCGGCAGCGCCGGGCGCAUGCCUCCAGCGCAGCUGAUACAGCUCGGGCUGGCGCUCGUGUCGUGCCCCUGGCCUGUCCUUUGGGUCAUCAAGGGCGCAGACACGUUGCCCGAUGACGUCAACGAGUGGUUGCAGCGCAACACCGAUGGAAGCGGCCUCCCGGAGAGCCAGUGUCUUGCGCUUCGCGGGUGGGCGCCGCAGGUCGCCAUCCUGGAGCACCCGGCCGUCGGCGGCUUUCUGACGCACUGCGGGUGGGGCUCGACGCUGGAGAGCGUCGCCGCGGGCGUGCCCAUGGCCACCUGGCCGUUCUCCGCCGAGCAGUUCCUGAACGAGAAGUUGAUCGUCCACGUGCUUGGCAUCGGAUUGUCUGUCGGCGUGACGAAGCCCACGGAGAGCGUGCUGACCGGUGCCAAAGACGGCGGUGGCAAGGCGGACGCAGAUGUGGGAAUGGAACAGGUGAAGCAAGCCUUGGAUAUGCUCAUGGAUGGAGGGGCGGAUGGGGAGGCAAGGAAGACGAAAGCUAAGGAACUGAAGGCCAAAUCAAAGACUGCUCUGGAGCAUGGAGGAUCGUCAUAUAUGAACCUGGAGAAGCUGAUACAGUUUGGUGCUUGAAAAUGGAGUGGUCGUGGACUCGUGGUCUGUUUCGGCACCCAAACUUAGUUUAUUUCUCCCUAAUAAAGGUUAAUAAACUAGGACUGCAAGCAAAACGUGGUACAUGUAGGUUUCAGGAACGCUGCAGGCCGGGCAAACUUUGUCCAGGAUUGCGAGUGGACAGGACAGGAGCAGAGGAAAAACGGCAACAGAAGCGACAAAAUGAAGAGUAACAAAGAGCCGUUGGAUUGAAGAUCAAUGACUCAUGUGCGUUGCCUAAGAAUUAGACAUAUAGUCAUAUGAGCGUCUUCUCUAUGAUACCUGAGGUUUCUUCGAUUC